UUAACAAGUAUGCAGCUUUUAAACGGGACCACGGCUUAUUAAUAUUUAGAGUGCCGACAAUGUCGGAGCCGAAGCAAACCCGUCUUCUUCGGGAUGGUGAGAAAUACCAGCUGGGCAACUCGUUAAUGUACGGAAAGCAGCUCCUAGACCAGCUGCAUGGCCAGAUGCAGGCCCAGUCGGACUACUGCGACGUGACUGUGAGAUGUUGUGAUACAGACAUGAAGGCCCACUGGUGUGUCCUGGCGGCCGCACCCUACUUCCAGUCCCUCUACAACAGCGGCUUGCAGGAGAAACAGCAAGGUAGGAACCGGCAUUAG